AAUUGUACUUUACUAACUAUAGCUCUCUAACCGGGGAAGGUUGUUUCUUCCUUCACAGCCCCCAUGUCCAUUAAUAUAUACAACUACAUGCAGAGAGUGACGAGUAUCCUUCUGUCCUCUUUUAUCUCUCUUCCUUAUCUCUUUCAAAUUUCAAUGCCUUUACAGGAGGAGGCUGGCGAGCAACUUCUGGUGGUGUUCGACGGAGAUGAAGAUCGGAAGAAGUUUCGGAUACGUAAUCUGACCAAGCAAUCAGAACCGGCGGGGGUUCCUAUACUGAACGGGAUAAACGUGGAUAUUCCGGAGGGAGUGAUCCUGGGGAUCAUAGGGCCAAGCGGGAGUGGGAAAUCGACGUUGUUGAGAGCCCUGAACCGGCUGUGGGAGCCACCUCUGGGUACUGUUUUUUUGGACGGUCGUGAUAUCCGCGAACUAGAUGUGCUUGCUCUUCGCCGUAAGGUCGGCAUGCUCUUCCAGCUUCCUGCUCUCUUCGAAGGCACAGUAGCGGACAACAUUCGAUAUGGACCACAGUUGAUAGGAAAAAGGCUGAGUGAUGACGAGGUUUUCAAGUUGCUGAGGCUUGCAGACCUUGAUCCCUCUUUUCUGAGCAAGCCUGGUGGAGAACUCUCUGUGGGUCAAGCUCAAAGAGUUGCUCUUGCUAGAACCCUAGCUAAUAAACCAGAGGUUUUGCUGCUGGACGAGCCAACAAGUGCGUUAGAUCCAAUAUCGACAGAAAACAUAGAGGAUGUCCUGGUGAAUCUAAAGAAGAAACAGGGAAUGACAGUUAUAAUGGUGUCUCACUGCAUCAAACAGAUUCAGAGGAUUGCUGAUAUUGUGUGUCUCCUUGUGAAUGGUGAGAUUGUUGAGGUGUUAAAACCUGAUCAACUCUCAGAAGCCAAGCAUCCUAUGGCACAAAGGUUUCUUCAGCUCAGUUCAUAAAGUCCGUUUUUUUUUUUUUUUUGUUUGAACUGUUGGAUACUUUUCUUUGUCCAAGCCUCGUGGUUAUGGAGUUGUCUUGAUGGAAUUACCAUGUAUAAAGACUUCAGCUUUGCUUAAUUUUAUUGUUUAACUAAUGACAGUGUCAGAAUUGGGGUUCAGAAUUCCAUAAA